GGCAUGACAAACCAUUCAUUCUUUAGCAAGUAGUAUUUGAUUGGCGUUAUAAGAGGGAGGUGGUUCGCGCGCUUCAUAAAGUUACGUAUUUAAAUACGCAAAUUUGGAGUGACUUUUCUUGUGAUUUAGACUGUACCUAGACCAAAUAAGCCUCAGUGGCAAACUGUGAAUUAAUUACAUGUACUUUUGUCUUUUUUAAUUUGGUAUAAAUAAAAAUGGUGAUAAUGCUAAAAGGAAUAAUAGUUUUGUGUUUUACCGUCGUCUUGUUUCUCAAUACAGUUGAUGGCCUCAAAGCGAACUGUAACAAAGAAGAGGGCCUGCAACGGUGUUCAAUGGCGUUACCAGUUUUAAGUUCACCGGAAAUAUCAUUUGCACUAACAAGAGAAGAACUGGACAAAAGUUGUGUAGAGCUGCGGGUUGGUAUAAAGUGUAUCGACAACUACACUGAAGUUUGUAUGGAGAAAAGUGAACAGGUGAUGUUUAGGCGUAUAUACGCAGGCAUAACUGAUGUUGUCCAAGAACUGUGCACUAGAGGGAAAUAUCAAGAUGAAUAUUUGAGGCAUGCAACGUGCGUGAAAAAAGUGAGGCAAGAGUAUGAAGUCUGCAGUAAAAACUACGAGGGCACUUUGUCUAUGAUCAGCAACCAUCAAAAGAAAGACCAGUAUCAUACAGACAACACUAAUGUAGCAGCCAACCAUGAAGAUUAUUUAAGGACUGUCUGUUGUUCAUUUCAAGAGUACUUGGUGUGCUCUGAGCAGACGGUCCUGAGGUCGUGCGGAGAUGAAGCCGCUUUGUUCACGAGCGCAUUCCUCAAACGGAUGGCUUCCAAUAUCAUUAAGAACUUUUGCUUCGAAUAUCGGGACAAGGAAUGCAGUUUGGCAGGCAAAGCGACGGCGACGGACCAUAGUGUUUUUUUAAUACCCACCAUUAUAGCAACACUAUACUCAUUGCUAUAUGGCAACUUUGUUCCGACUUAAAAACCAAUUAGAAAAAAGAAUUUCAAAAUUAGAACGUGGCUGAAAGCGGGGUUGCCAGUAAUUAGUAGACGAAGUUUGUUGCUAGUUACCGUUGAUGCAACGUUUGAGCUGUAAAUAAUUAAUGUAGGUAUUGUUUUCUCGGUUAAAUGUGAAACUGAUGUUUGUAUUCUAGCUCUAGAAUGAACCUAAAUGGCUAAGCUAGGGUUGUGGAUACGUAGAUGUUUGGAGCAAUGUGAUUUUGGGUACUUUUGUUUUGUUCGUCUUCUCUAUGUUUGGCAAGAUAUCAAGAAUAGGUAGGGAUACUCGUGUCCGGUAAAUAAAUAAAACUAAAGAUUGCCUUGCUAUUUCAUGCGUUUAAUUUUGGCAAACCUACAUCCGGUAUGUUGAAUAUGGAUCGUAAUCUCAAAAAGUAGUCAAGAGCUUUAAAACCAGGUGUAUUGCCUACUUUUCUGCUAUGCUUAAAGCAAGCACAAACCAAUUUUCUUAUUUACAAAAUUAGUGUGUAAGUUUUUCAAGAUAAAAAGUAUCCUGUAUGUAUUUCCAAGACCUAACAAAAUAAAAAAAAAAAACAAAUUUUACAAAAAUUCUUUAAUCCUUGCAGCCAUUUAAGCAUGAAGAGGGAAUUAAACUUCCUUUUCGGUCUCUUCCUCUUACCAGUCCAUAAAUUAUAUUCAUUGUUUAAUCGUCACUUGCCGUAUGUUUUAAAGACAAAAAAAUAAAUGAAACAGCCUUUCGCUUUAAGUCUAUAAGUAGUAUAGUUGUUAUUUUAGGACGUGAUGUACGAACGAUGUUUGGUGUAAAAAUUCGAAUUUACCUCUUAACCCUUGGGAAUUUCGAGGACCGAAAGUAGCAUAUGCCCUCUCAAAUAACGCUAUGCCAAAAAGCAACUCGUUUGGUGGCUUAGUUAGGGGGUGAAGGAAGGUAAUGCAAACACUUUUUUCGUAUUUAUAAUAUUAGUAUGGACUAGUAGCUGUAG